CAUUUCGGUUGGUGUCAGGAUUUAGAAAUAAUAAAAAAUACCUACAAUGACCGGGAAUUAUAAAGAGAAUAUGACUAUGAUCCCUGAAAGCUCUUCCUUAGAAAGCUCUCCUGAAUUUGAUUCAUCUCACCUAUUGGAACAAAAACCAUCGAGAAAACGACAACGCCGUGCAACAUCCGAAGUUUCUUUAAAAAGGCGGAAGGAGGAAUGCUACGACGAUAUGACACAGCAACGUUCCCUAGCCAACGUAAGGGAACGACAGAGGACGCAAUCGCUAAACGACGCCUUCUCGCAAUUAAGAAAAAUUAUUCCGACAUUACCUAGUGAUAAAUUAUCGAAAAUUCAAACACUAAAAUUGGCGACUCGUUACAUAGACUUUUUAUAUCAAGUUUUAAGAAGCGACGAAUCCGACCAUUCAGUAAAAAUGCCUGCUAGUUGUUCCUAUGUAGCCCACGAACGUUUGAGUUAUGCCUUUUCCGUAUGGCGGAUGGAAGGCGCUUGGGGAAUGAAUGGUAAUCACUGAAAAAACUUUCUCAGGAUUCUCUGUUUCCUGUCAUAUUGUUUGUCUUUGUCGCGCCUGUUGUUUGUAAGUCCGUUUUCGUAUAAUUUCGGUGUAGAGGUCUGCAUAAUAUUGUACAGAGAAGAGAGAUAGACAGAAGAGUACAUAUAUAUAUAUAUCUAAAUAUAUAUACAUAUAUGUAUAUUAUAAAUCAGCAUACAUGUAUAUAUAUUCUGUAUAUCUAUAUCUUUAUCUAUAUAUACAUACAUAUACAUAUAUAUAGUAUAUAUAUAUAUAUAUAUUAAGAUAUAUGUGGUCAAUUUACCGUAUAUAUAAAUAUAUGUAUUCAAAGACUUUUUAUGCGUUG